AUGGGGACACACCCCAGUCUCAGAAAUUCCUCUAGUCUCACCAAUGUGCCUCAUCACAUCCAUCCUCCGAAUCCCUAUGCUCAACCCCAACAAGUAUUCCAGGUUAACCCCUCGGUUACGUAUGAAAACAGUUUCUACAUUCAAAGUAAAGCAAAUUCCAUGAGGGACUCAAUCCGAAGUCCUCCACCAGUUCCUCCAAGAGAUCCGCAGCGUAGGCUCACAAUUGGGCAUCCCAAUGAUGCUCGGCCUAUUUCCUACGCCUUCGAUCGCUACCAGAUGAACGUUCAACAAAACAGAAACAUUUGGCAACCGAACGGCAAAUGCACCAGUGAUGAUCGGCUCUGGGGAUCAAACAUCACUCUCCAACAACAGCCGUCUAACCCUCAAGGCUUUAUAAACAUGCAUGCCGUGACUCCACCACGGCCUGCUUCGGUGCAGCCAGAACCGACACAGAAACGAUACAUUUCCCGACAUCCACAGCAAUCAAAUCCGUCUCCUAACCAGGGCUACAUAGUUCUGCAUCCGAACCACCAACACCAUCACCAUCAACCACAGCAACAUGCGCAGCCACAGCAACAUGCGCAGCAACUGCAACAGGCGCAGCCACAACAACAGCAUCAAACAGCCAAACGGCCAAACGAGUACCGCUAUGUAACGGACGUAACGCCUCGAUCACGCAAGCCAAUUCAAAUACAAGAUCGGACAUUCGAACCCUAUGAACCAUCACAACAGAUGCAACAGGCAGCUCCGACCAGUUCGCAGCCAAUCUACGGAACUACGGCUUACAUGCGAACACGCCCUCUCAAACAAGAACCCCAGGAGCAAUCCUCGAAAACUCCCCAACAAUCCGCGUCCGCUUUCUGGCGGAAGAUUGAAGAAGAUCAAAGCUCUGUUCAACGACGGGGACGGGCUGCUGAUCGUAGACAACAGGUUCCGGGUGUGAACUCCCGCUCAGUGUCCAGCUCUCGUGCCCUGGAAGCAAUGAACCGUCGCAACCACGAUUUAUCCAGGGAGCUAAGUAACCUCAUCUGCGGCGAUCAGCCCGAUGAGGAUCAGCACAAUGUGGUCAAUGGCCGGCUAUACCUCCGGCAAGCUCAGGAAUCCCCUAAGGAGAAGUACCGUUCGCCUCCCAAAAACAAAUAUGAAGAAUAUGUUGCCAAAACGAUUGCACAGUCAACACAAGCACCCGUUCCUACGUCAACAUAUCGCAAGUUUAGCGCAGAACGUGACUCCAACACUCCUACCAAUGUGCACUAUAAGCCAUCUAUAAGAGCCUUCGACUUAGUGACGAAGAUCUGCUCGAUCGCGCAGAACUGCGGGACGUUCCCACUCCUACCCUAUUUAAUCGCCAACCAACUGCCUACCUCCGACUACGAUGAGGAAGACGACAGUGGCGAUCGUCGUGAAUCCGAACCCAACAUCGAACUGGACGACGUCAACUUCCGCAGAAGAAAACGAGCCAACGAAACGUUUAAAGCUUUGGAGGUUCAACCGCCUUUCGGUAUUCCCAUCGGACCAAUCCCGCCAUCCCCUAAUACGGAUUAUCUGAGUGCUCAUCCUGCCAAACAGAACAAAUCGCGUUUCAUUCCGAAACGCUCUCCCGAUCUUGUAUCGGACGAUCUGGCGUUCCGACAGCUGCGUCGCGACAAAGACCACCCCCAGACUGUAGAUCGACCAAGCUAUCUCGCCACGGAAGCCUCAAUCGAGGACAAACCCCUCAACGCGAGCAUCGUAGAAGAUGUCAAGAGAAAGCGCAACAGUCACAAGGCAACGAACAACUCCCUUGCCUCCAACAUCUACAACUUGAUUCAGCGGGACGCAGCCAAGCCUUCCGGUGGCAACCUCGAUGACUACCAUCGAAUAGAGCAGGUCACCCAAACAAAACCGGAAGUCGAAGACACCCCAUCGGAUGUUUUGGUGAUACCCAAGUCGAAGAAGUCUUUGGAAAAGUUCGAACAACAAAGUGCGGUUUCUCGAGCCAAGAGCGGUUCACCAAAAAUCACCGGCGGAGCGGUGUUCAAUCUUCCCUCGACGUUGAAAUCGUCACAAUCCUCGAAAAAGGGAACAUCCCAGGUUUCUGACAGCAGCAGUACACCGAGCAGUCCGACUCAGAGGACUGCAAAGACUAGCGGAGAUGGUCCGGUGAUUGUAGGGGCGAAGCACAAAGCAGAAUUUGAAGAUAUCCUGAAUGCAAUCGCGCAGGAAGCGAAAGAUACCAGCGAGAAACUGGGCAUGGAUUUGGCAGAGCUGCGCAAGGAAACUAAGUCGGUAUCCAGCGGGACGAGUCCCGAGACAAAACCGAAAAAUAAACCGAUCGCAGUUGGACAGGGCAGCAGAAAAUCGUCGGUCAAGGUGGAUGAAACCGAAAUCGACCAAGUGGCAGAAGCUGCAAAGAACUGUCGGGAGAUGUUGAAAAAUGUGGUAGAAGCACCGAAACAGUUGGAUGAGGAGAAGCUAGUCAAAGAUAUUGAGGAUACCUCCAAUGCGGCGAUGUUGUGCCAUGGAAUGAUCAAUCGAGUAAUGAUGGUAACGCAGCCCGUGGUGGAAGCACCGGAGAAAUCGGUGCUAUCGGGGUUGAUCAAGGAGUUGGCGCCACAAAUCGAUGGCGAGGAGACGUUCGAAAAGCUGUCCAAACGAUGUCAGGAACAGUUGGAUGAGCUUGGUGGGGUGAAGGAGGAAGAUAAGUCUACAAUCGAGAGGGAUUAUGAGAGCUUGGUGGAGAGUAUUAAUCCGUUGGAGUCUGAUUCAGAUAAGAAGAGUACAGAAGAGGAGAUUGAUUUGAUUAUGAGGGAGUGUGGAAUUGAAAAUGAUGUGCAGAUAACAAUUAAUUCAGUGCCUUUGGAAAACCAAACGGAAGCAUUCGAGGGAAGAAAAUAUAGUAAAGAAUCCAGUUUAGAACUGAGUGAUAUUCGUGGUUCUUCAUUGACAUCGACUGACCGUAAAUCAUCGAGUGAGACGGAACAGUUCCCAAAGUCGUCAGACCUUACGUCCUGCAAUUUGCUCUCGUCGAGUGAAUGCCUAAAGUCCAAUGGCAGUAAAUCGUCAGCGGAGAGCUCGAUCGAGCCAGCAGCUGAUUCCACUUUGGUGGAGGUUAUUCCGGUUCCGGUAGGGGCAGCGACUGGUGCGUCACCUCUGGUGCGCCGUUCGCCGUCGGAUAUCGAAUCGCAAUACAACUCUUCCGAAGAGCUGGCGAUGAUCUUCGGCAUCAAAAGUCCAACACCGACAGAUAACAAACCAUUUGUCAACAACGCCAUUCUAGAGCUGGAGAAGAAGCUUUCAUCCGCCACUGCCAACGUAAGCUGCCAAACGCAACAUAAUUCUAGUUUACAGCAACCUCAUCAAGUGCAACAAGCGAUCUAUCAACCGAACAAUCAUCAUCAUCAUCCGCACCACCAGCCGUACCAUCAGCAUCAUCAUCUACAUCAACCGGUCUCCGUAGAUUACAGCAACGAACCCCACACGCAACCCUCUAGCUCAAGUCUCGCCAGUAUCCUUCAGGUGCUUCGCGCGGAGCAGGCAUCCGACGCUUUCCCCGCUGAAAAGCGUUCUCCCCGGUGGAUCGUUCAUCCCCGAUCAUCCAGUCUCGAUCGAUCGAAGGUGUCGCCUACCUCCCUAUCGGGGCAACCCAAAUUUCCUGCGGUAAACUUCCGUAAAGUCCAACGACAUCCACCGGUAUCCUUUCCGAAGAAACCUCUAGUCACGCAACGUUCGCCCGGGUCACCGCCGUCGCCCAACGUCGUCGGUCUAUGCUAUUCGCCAUCUAGUGGCAUCUCGAAUUCCUACCACCACAACUACACCCACCAUCAGCAGCAACCGAUCGCAUCAGCGUUCGCCGUCGCGUCCAGUGGAGGGCAACAGCGAAGACCACCGUCUCAGCACCCGGUCCUCAGGAGGCAUGACGCUUUCCUGAAAGCCCGCUCCAAAACCAUCUCGGACUUUUUCGGCCCGGAAUCGACGCCCAUCAGCCGCCUGUUAAAUAUAAUAUGCCAAGAGAAGGAAGCGGAAAGAGCGAAAGCGAACAUGAGCAGUAGCAGCGGAAGCAGCAGCAGUAAGCCCAAACCGACCGGUGCCAGGAGCCACAAGGAAGAUGGACUCUUGCCGAAGGUUUCGGUGGCGCCGACGGCGAAUUCGUCCUCCCAAUCUGCUUCGUCGUCUUCCUCGGCUAGUUCCUCUUCGACGACGAACGCUCGGGCCCUCAAAUCCCGCAAGGAAAACUUGAUCCCGGUGGUGGCAUCGGCGGCGGCGAAUCACAGCCACAGUCCGUCUCCGUCGAUGAAUGCCGCCUCGACUGAAAUGUUCGCCGCCAAGGACAUAGAUAGGAUAGCGAAAUAUAAAGCCGACCGGCGGAAACCUAUUUAUUUAAGAAACACUGUCCAAGAAAACGAAAUUGAAAGACUGGAUAAUAGAAAGAAAUCAACGUCUAGAUCAGCAACCAAUACUCCUUCGUCAAGUGCAAUUCAUAGUAAAUCUCAAUCAUCAACGCUACAUCACUCGAAAGCAUCAUCUGCCUCCGCUUGGUCGACGUCCAGGCCAUGGCGGGCCACGUCAGCCGGUUCCUCGUCCACAUCCUCUACCUCUGCUGCCAGCAGUGGUAGCGCCACAGGAGCAAAACCACGUCCGAGCACCACUACCGGCUCCCUCGGUGGGGCAGGAGGUGGAAGCAGCUCAUUGCCACUGUCACCGUUGCACCAACCGCAAAAGUUGCAAGUUCACGAGCCAAGGAAAUCUCGAGACCGCAGUAACGUUCGUGCCGCGAAACCCGAGUUGAAACAGGUUGCCGCUCCUCAGCAACAGGCUAAGCAACAACAACAACAGCCACAACAGGCCCAACCACAGCAGCCGAUCCGAACAACCAGAUCUUCCAGACUUCGCGCCGCUGCGCUGGCCGGUGGCGUCGGAACAACCGUUCCUCCCACCGGCGAAGAUGUCCACCAGCAACGCUUGAAAGCUUCGGCACUUGCAGCACCAUCCAGUGGCGGGAAUAGGAAGUUACUGUCGUCGAGUAGCAAUAAUAAUAACAACAAUGCCGGCAUCAUUCGAAUCUCACCAACGGUGAAUGCCGGAAAUCGAGCUGCUAUAUUGGCAACGGCUGCGAAGCAGCGUGAUUCCGCACCGAAGCCAAAACUUGUUCCCACCAUCACCGCCGUCAGUAUGAGACAGAAGCUGAAGGGAACAACUGAAACCAUCAGCAAGAUCGGAAACGGCAUCAGCGGUACUGCUGCUGCUGCUGACAUCAAUCGUAACAGCAAAGGUGCUGCAAUGGCCAACCGAACUAAUCCCGCCACCAAUAACAAACAUGAUCUGAUGAAUGGGAAUGCUCCCACUAACACCAAUAACAACCCCGAACCCAUCCAGAUGACAACGGCCAGUGGUGGGGAGGCUUUUCUGCAACGAAUCCCUUCGACCACUGUACCGGGGGCGAACGGAGAAGGGAUCGAUAACUUUCAGCUUCCGCGACGUCCGCCAAAGUUGGACUCGAUCGUCGAAAAUUUCAGCAGCUUGGAGUCACCUCCCACUCCGCGGAUGAGAACCUCCACCAUGAAAUCCGGAGCGAGGACGCCCCUGCCGGAAAUGGGCAGGGAUAUGGGAGGUCUGAGUCCGGUUAGAAGCAACAACGGUAGUGGCAGCAAAUUGAUUGAGCGGGACAAGUCGGCUAAGCGUAAAUCGAACCUGAACCGGGCACAGCACGAGGAAUCGACGGAGACACGCCACUCAUCAACCGAACGGCAUCGCGUCCGUAGCAAAUCUGGAAGCACACAUAUCCCGAUCGCCAGUCCGGAAAUUCCUUCGACUUCCAAUCGAAAUGUCAACCUUUCUUCGCCGACAACCAUCGUCAGCAACAGCAACGUCAAUACCACCCGUACGCUUCAGACCCCACCUCCAGCUCAAGCCGCGGCUACGACGAGCCGUACUCCAAGUAAAUUCAUCCGCAAACCGUCGCAUUCCCCGCCGGAUAAAUCAACCUCACCCGCAACCUCACCGGGACCACUGUCCUCGUCGUCGUCCUCCCCAACGACGGCAACGAAAGAGUUGAUCUCGAACCCAUCGCCACAGUCACCAGUAACGUCCGUUGAACCAACGGGGGCCACCCCAACGGUAUCAAGCCCAGUCCAUUCUAUGUCGAUAUCCCCACCAUCCCCAGUGCUGUCGUUUGAAUCGUCGCUGUCGAGAAUCUCACCUUCACCGGUUCCGUCGUCUUCGCGGACAGCCUUGGUGGAAGAAUCGUCAAGUUCGAGUGGCACCUUGGCGGCCACAGAAGAGCUACACCGUGAUAGCAGUAGCUUGGUAGAUGUUAGUGUAGAUAGCAAAAUUGCCGGUGCCGAACAGCAGGAGGAUGUGCCACCGGAUUCGCCACUGCCAGUGGUAUCACAAUAUUCUAAAUUUAGUCAAAUGUUGAAAUCACCUACUUUGGAGAAACACGAGGUCAGAGUGCCGGCAAUAGUUCCUUCGCCGCUUGCAAUGGAGAUGGCGCAGCGGGAAGUAGAAGAAGCAGAAGAAUCGGAACAAGAUUUACCGGGAGAUGUCCUGGAAGAAGUGCCAUUGAUAAUUUCGCAGCAAAAACAGAUGAACACACAGGAUAAGGAACAGCAGAUGUUGGACCAGAGUCAGGAAUUGAUGGUGCCUUUAGAUUUGGAAUUGGAAGAUGAGAUGCGAGCUCAUGUAGAGCAAAGUGAUGUUGAUUUCAUGGAGGCAGGACCUUCCGGACUGUGUCCAAUUGCGCACGUCAACGACAGAGUUGAAAUCGAAGAUGAGGAAGAAGAACUGGUCACUAACCGAUUGCUGUUGAUGCGAGAUGUAAGAAGAAGUCGCUCUUCCUCUCCCAGGCCGGCAAAUCGUAUUCUAUUCGACGAUAAGUUUAACGACGAGUUUGUUGUAAUCGAAAAUAGUCCCAAGAGUCACUUCAUACAAUCGCUCGAUGAGACUGACAUUAUUGUGAUUGGGGAUAAUGACGAAGACUACCCACCGAGACCUGCCAGCAGCAACAGCGCUGGCGCCGGUUCAUCCUACGAGAAGAAGCUAGUCAAGAUGAGCUCCGUGGAACAUUUUGAGCAUCUGCACCAACGCAAGAGUUGCUCUCCGCAGCGCAAGAAGAGCCUAUCGCCCAUCAUCCGCGCAAAGAGCAUGGAGGAAAGUCAUCUGUCGUCAUCCAUUUCCCCUGCUUCCAACCAUAUCGUAUCAAUUCUAAAGCGAAAAACCGUCGAAUCCAACAGUUCGGCUUCGAGCAACGCAUCGCCAGUAACAUUCUCUCCAAGUGUCGUUGACACACCAAUCCGAUCAAAUCGCCGACAAGGAAUCCUCAAGAAACGCUGCUCGCUGGACGAAAGCAGAUACAGUCGAAGUCACUCUCCCGAUGACCGAAGCAUCCUGGUCAAACACACCCGCCGAAACAGCUUCGAGGAUGGCAGUCAGCACGGCAUCCUCAAGCAGAAAUCAUACGAAUCCAAGGACGACGUUUCUGCCUCCGGCGGUGGCGGCAGCGGUAGCUCUACCGCCGUCAACAGCGUCGUCUCCCAUGGAAUCCUCAAGAAGAAAACUGACAGCUCCUCUACCUCUACACCCAACGAACAGCAAAAACAUGUGUCGAUCUCCCAAGCGGUGAUCCUCGCUGCAGCUGAAAUUUGUCAAGAUAUGCUCCUCGAUCACGAGUACGACCACGAGAUCCGUCCUAUCCUCAAAUCAGACUUGAGUCAGCCGCAGUCCACACCGAAACCCAUCCUCAAGAAAAAAUACUCAUCGGAAUCGGAGGAAAUACGCCCCAUUCUGAAAUCUUCCCGCAAGAGCAGCCGCGAGGAGAACUCCGAUUCGGAGGAACUGAAACGAUCCAUUCUGAAAACGGACUCCCCUGCCAAACGACGCUCGUUCGGUGACCGCGAUUCGGAUCCAAAUGGUGCAAUGAUCCGAAGCCGCUCAUUGGAGCAUUCGGAACCGGUUCCGUUGGCGCCAGUUGUUCCUCAGGUGCAGAACAUCGAAAAACCGAUUAUCUCGGUGGCAGAGCGCAUUAAACACAUGGAAAAAUUUCUGUCAGCGCCAACAAAGAGCGGGAAUGCUGGUACCAGUGGAUGCAACAAUACGGUUGCCGGCUCCGGUGCCGUGCCGAAGCGAACCGUUGGUUGUGCCAACUCGAGACGGGAGACGUUCCGAUUCAAAACGCAACCGGUUACGUCCAGUGAAAUUAGCGGCGUGCAACAACAACAGCAACAGCAGCAAAUUGACCAUCGUUCGGUUGACAAUCCGGAAGAAUCUGUCUCGAGUGAAGAACCCGUCAGCUUUGGGCAAACCGAGGCAGAACCCACCGUGGAAACCGCCUGCCGGCGUGGUUCUUUAGAAUCCCUGAUCUGUAAGGAAAAACUCCACUCGGAGGACAAGAGCCUGGAGCUUCUGUCGCCGACCUUUGCUCACACCGAAUCCAACUCGCACUCGUUCAGCGGAGAGUUCAACCUUGCUUCGCUCAGCUCGGACAGUGGAAUACAGUUCGGUCGUGGGACGGAGGAAACGUCCGGGGCGGACUAUGUGUCCUCUGUGAAAACCAGUGACAGUGACAAGUCCCCAUCGAAGAAAACCAUCGACGACGACCUGAACGAGCUUGACGAGGAAGAGGACGACGUCAGCGGGGAAGAGCAUUUGGAGAUAAUCGAAGAGACUGAAGGACAGAGGCGCCUUUUGCUGAGUCCAUCUAGUGCUGCUGCGGCGAUAGCAGCCCAAGACCGAAGACGGUCCGGUUCGUCCAGUUGUUCUAGUUCUAGUGAUUUGAGUGAUCGGGAAGUUGACCGAAUGUACGCGGCGUCGACGGUGUCCGGUAGUAAGCCGGACGACGAUCAAUCGUCGGGUUUACGGCGGUCCAACAGUGUACGUGCGCGGGCCAAUAUGUUCCAACAGAUGGAAAGCCGGAUGAAGGAAAACGAAAAUCCGGCGGCGGGUCUAUCGCGCGGCAGACGAGUGAUGCCCACCGGAGCAACUCCCACCCAGUUCGCAACGCAAACGAUAUCGCCCACGGACAUCGACAGAAGCAUCCAAAACAACACAAACACUAGCAAUCUCAUCAGCCAAAACAACGUCUCCGAUGAUUCCGGUACCGAGUUUGAUCCCUCGACACUGCAGGUUUCGAAGAAAAUCAAGCUAUUCUCCGGCGGCGGAGAUCAGGUUCCAGGAGGAGGAGGAGGUCACGGGGGCGUGGUCACCGCUACAAUAACCACGCCCACAGGAACCCAAGUACCAAAGAAAAAGUUCAAGUUCCGUACCAUCGGCAAGUUGAUUAUGCCAAAAUUUCUAAACGAUAACAACAACAAUAUUUCCAACUCCGCUGCCAAUACCCCGCCGGCAGCAGAAGCCAUGCCCACUCUCGCAAAUACGCCGGACAUGGUGAACGGAGAAAUCGAUCUGAAAAAUGAGGACGGACAUCUCCUGAAUUGUUCGAAGGUUGAUCGGAUUCGGCGAAAGUUCAUGGGCGAUUCGUCGACUCCGAUUAUCGAGGAUGAAGAAUUCGAUUCGAACGUUGAAUCUGGCAAGGAAAACAACUACGAUAGUGGGACGGAAACAAAUUUCAGUUUAGGAGGCGUUACGGCCUUGAAAAAGAAUUUCGUCAAAGAAAAUCGCUCCCAUAACAAAAGUAUCCUGUUCAACUCGUCUGCGGAAGUCGAGGAACUGGUCGCCAAAGGGAAGGUUUCUAACAUGGCCAAACAGUGGAACCGGAUGCGUGCCAUGACUUUGGACGUAUCCGUUAUCAGAAAAACAUGCCACAAAACAGCUUCCGAUACGGCGAAUCUUACCUGCAGUAGUCUUCCCUACGAGGGCGAUACGAAGCAUUACGGUACGAACAAUUCCUCUAUUCUAUACACUUCGUCUUCCAAAUCGAACAAUUCAAAAAUAAUCGAGAAUCGCUUCGCUCGCUACUUUGGGAUACAUGUUCAAAUGAGUCAAAACCCCGUGGCUACGGUGUCGCCUAACAACUCCCAACAAGACUGCCUCUCAACCACCAACAGUAGAUCCCGCCGCUCGCGUUCGUUGUCCCGUGGAAACCCACCGGCGCCUCCUCCGCAACGACCGGUAGACGAACGAAUUGCGAAGUAUUUCGGCAUAAACAAGAGCUUCUCCGGGUGUGGUUCACCACGUACGACAUUCGUCAAUAAACCUCGGGCCAUUGUCAAGCCGCAGCAACGUCUGCUAGACCCGACAUCCGCAGGUUCAACGGACUUAAGCGGCAAUCGACGCCGUCGGUCACGCUCGAUGCCCCGGGAGGCGAGCAGCGUGGAUGAGUUAGACAAACUUUUUGAUAUGAACCCGGAAAAGGAUUAUGGGGCCAGUGUGAGUUUCUGCUUAGCCAGCGGGGUGAGCAGUGUGGUGGGCAAGGUAAACCACUUGCGGUACUUUGAAGAACUGAACAUUACUGCGGAAGAUCUCUCGAUGGCGGACAGCGAAUUCGACAAGCUUUAUCUAGAUCAAAUAUCUAGUCCUCGAAAAUCUCCUUUUGCCUAUCUACCACCCUCGGGGCAGCAGCAGCUACCAUUCGUGUCGGAGCUGAAGAAGGGCAUCCUCAAAUCGAAGUCCGGUGGCAUUGGUCUAUUUCCGGCCGAUCUCAAUUCCGAGCUGAAAUCGCGUCUGCGUAAAUCCACUCAUUCGUCGGUGAGCAACCUGAAAAAGUCCACGACCGUUUCGAACAUCGAAUGUGAUGCCGCGUUAUCGGCGGGGGUUGGUUCCUCGUCCGAGUCGGACGAAGAGGACGGCGUCGCGCCCGGUAAGAAUCUCGCGAAAAUGCUCCGAAAUGUUUCGAAUACGGCCGCGUCCACCGGUAGUAGUGGUGGCUAUGUGCCACCCGGUGGGGUGGCCUUGUUUCCGCCGUUGGCACCCAGUUCGUUCGUUCCGCUCAAGAAAAGUGAUCUCGUCGCGUCCGGUAGUGGUGCGGCCAGUGAUGGAGAGCAUUCGGCUUCGGUCGGUAAUCGCGGUAACGUGGAUUCGAUCCUGAAGAACCCGGCUGUGGCAAGGCGACGGCGGCAGAAUGAAGGCUACAAGCAACAACUGGUGAAAAGCAAGAGCCAAUCGGAGCUUGCCACCUUCAUUCCGGCGUCGGCCAUCAUCUAUCACAACACGGCGAAACCAUUCAGCAGCGGCGUGGGUGGCGUCGGCUCGGUUGGCGUUGGCAUCGGCGGAAAUGAUCCUCUGAGCUACGGUGGUUCCAAGGACCAAAGGGCUGGUUUCCUGAAUCAAUCCAAGACCACCGUCGUCGGAGCGGGGGAAGGCGUGGAUCUGCAACGUCAGCAGCACUACCCGGUGCCACCCGGUUUCAUCGGUUUGAGACGCUGCCUAACGGAGGAGAUGCGCCCGGAUCAGGACUCGAUGGUGAAGAGCGUGUCGAUCGCCGAACGGUUGGCGGCACUACAAAAGAGCGGCGAAGAUGACUGGCGGAAGCGAAUUGCCAAGAAAGAUGUCACGGACGAUGUCCGGCGGGAGAACUUAGUCAAUAAUGCCAUCCUUGUUGCCAAAUCGCUCGAGAGUCCGGUGAAGAACAGCACACCGCGCCCGUUCAGUCGGCCAGCGGACGUCGAAGGCGGGAACAUUUCCGACCGGCUCGGAAAAAUCAAAACGUCUUCGGAAAACUGGAAGAAUCGUGUCGAACUCUCGGAUGCCACCAACUUCACCGUAGCGGGCCGCAUGCCCGCCGCCCGGUCGCCAAAGUUGCCGUUCAUCAAAUCCGACACCAAGCAGUCGCCACCGAUGAGCGCGUUCCGCAGCGUGAACCCGCCCCAGCUGGGCCUUGCUAAGAGCCCCUCGAUGAUGGUAUCUUCGGUGACCACCUCAUCAACGCUGCAUACUCCCACUACCCCCAGCGUACCACUACUGCAGAAUGGCGCAGCCGCAGGGUCAUCACCAGUCGCCGCACUGGCCGCCAUCGGCCAACAACUAUCUAGUCAACUUAGUCAGCACAGAGCAGGAAUGGACAGUAUGAUGAAGCGUAGCAUUAGUGUCCCCGGAGUGCCCUCAUCCGGCGUCUACGGGGAAGCCGGUGGGGAUCUCAAGUUCCACGCUGCCGGCGGUUCGAAGGUUUCAAUCCCAAAGCUGGACGAUGAAAGCUUUGGCAACUUUUUCACCAAAGUCGAGAAAACCGUAUCAGCUACCACAUUUACCACCAGCAAGACCAGUAGUAGCAACAGUUCGUCGGCGGAGGUCGUUAUCGGAGAUUUCGACACGCUCAAAGUAGAUAGUCAGCAGCGUCUGACGCAGAAGAAGGUUGUCCAGGGACCAAGACGUCGUGGUGCCAUGUCGAAGAAUCCGCUCAAGAAGCUGGCCGCUCGGGAUGACCUGCAGACCGAGUACACCGAAAUCAAAACAGGUAUCGCCGAUAAAGAGUUAAAAAGACUCAAACUAGAAUCAAUUGCCAAAACUAGCAAUCUGGCCGUCGAAGCGCUUGCUGGCUUGGCUUCCGUGGAGGACUUUAAAUCGGUCGCACUAAAAUCUAGCACCCUGCCUCUGAACCAAAGUUUCGUUCCGUACAAACCGUUGAUGUUGUUGCAUGUCAAGGGCCGCCGACACGUUCAGACCAGGUUAGUGGAACCGGUGGCACGGUCGAUCAACCGAGGAGACUGCUUUGUGCUCGUCACCUCCGAUCGACUGUUUGCCUUCAUGGGCCAGUUUGCAAAUGUGAUCGAGCGAUCACGGGCCAAGGAAAUCUGCGACGUGAUCGUGCGGGAUAAGGAUCUGGGAUGUGGUGCAACGAGUGCUACGGUGAUCAACGAUGGAAAGUUUUGCAGCGAGCGACAGUUACGUGAAUUCUGGAAACUACUUGGACGCGGUCAGGAAGAUCAGAAAGUAGACGUUUGCGAUGCUGGGCAUGCCGACGAGGAUGAGCUUUUGGAGAGCUGUCUAAUUGAGACAACCAAAGUUUACGAAUUCGAAGAUGAUGGGUUGGUGCCACUUGAAGAAUACUGGGGUGCUGCGCCCAAAAUGGCUAUGCUGGAUUGUAAGAAAAUCUUGAUCUUUGAUUUCGGUAGCGAACUGUACAUUUGGAACGGGAAGAAUGCCUCAAGUGAGGCCAAGAGGGCCGCUAUCAGGUUAGCGCAAGAGCUGUAUUUGCAGGAAUACAGUUAUGACAUGUGCCAGUUAAAUCCAAUCAAUUUCACGGAAUUGAGCGGUGACAGACAGAGAGAUGCCAGACGUGUACCGAAGAGUGGAUCUGUUCGUCCGGAAUGGUGCUUGAUUGCGAAGGUUACUCAACAUAUGGAGACGACUCUAUUCCGACAGAAGUUCAUUGAUUGGCCAGAUAUAACCGUUCAGUUGAAGGACGAUGGUUACCAGUUGGGGGACACUCCCAGUUUGGAGAUUAAACCGGUCGACGGUGAGAUGUUGUUUAAAGGACAGCCCUAUGUGGAACCGAAUUUGGUGCUCGAAAACACUAGCUUGGGACGUGGGAACUUUUACUAUGAUACUAAUACGAUGCGUCACUUCGAUGUGCUAACGAUCUCAGUGACUCAGUGGGAGAUUGACGAAUACGAGUAUAAAGUUAUUGAGGGUCCAUCUUGUGGACAUUUCUACUCUGACGAAAGCUACACGGUACGUUGGAUGUAUCAGGUGAGUGUGACCGUGCGAGAGCUUAGUGGAAAAGUUUCAAAUCGAAGCACCGUUGUUGGACGUGACCGUUGCGCCUAUUUCUGCUGGCACGGAAAGGACGCUCCGGCCAACGAAAAAGGUGCAGCUGCUCUUCUGACUGUUGAAUUGGACAAGGAAAAGGGUGCUCAGGUUCGUGUUGGUCAGGGUCAGGAAUCAUCGGCCUUCAUUCGCCUAUUCAAAAUUAUGUUUAUUCACAAAAGUAAGAAGACUUUGCGGAAUGCCUGGCGUUUGUUUAUCAUCACCGGUAACUAUCCGGAAGAAACAGUCUGCACCGAAGUGAUUUGCCAUGAACGUCAAUUACGCUCCCGUGCUACAAUGGUGCUAAUCAAUGGUGAGAAGGGCCGCGUAAUCCUUUGGAAUGGAUGCAAAGCCCAGCCUCAUGCUAGGGAAGUAGGUCAGAACGUUCUCAAUGCCAUCAUUCAAAACAAGUAUACCGAACUGUUUGAUGAAAGUCUAUCUUCAGUAAGCUCUAAAACUCUCGAAGAAGGACAUGAAACUCAUGAAUUCUUCGAAGCACUUGAAGGCACUGAAAAUCGCCAUUCGUACCAUUCGUUGCUUGGUUCAAACCAGGACUUCAGUUACACACCACGAAUCUUUAACCUGACCAGCAUCAAUAACGGUAAUUUUGAAGCCACAGAAUUGCAGUAUAAUCUACGGUGCAAAGAUUUGGUUUCACCGUAUCCGUUCCGACAGGGAGAUCUGUACGGUGCCCGCCAACCGACGAUAUUCAUGAUCGAUAACGGGCACAUACUGUGGCUGUGGCAAGGAUGGUGGCCAACGGAAGACGGUGCUGGAAGCGAUUCUGGUAGCAAUAGCGGCAGCGACAACCACAGCAGCUUCGACAGUAAUCGCUCCGGCGAAAACCGUUGGCAAAGUGAACGUCGAGUCGCAAUGGAGACGGCAGUAGCUUACUGGAAGGCGAAACAGCGGAAAAUCGGCAACGGUACAGCCAUAGAUGAAUCGAUGAGUAAGAUUUGUAACGGAAACGAAAACCAUGCGCAACUUCCGGACGAAAACGGCAACGGUGCCAUCGAUGAGGUUGACAUAGUCGGGAAAACCACUGCCAACAAUGGAACAUUACAACACGCUGCCAGCGACACAACCGAUGACUGUGAUACUAACCCUGCUGCUACACUCAGAGGGGACUGUGAUGGCGUCGCUGUUGAGAACGGUGCUGUAAUUGAUGACGGGAUUGGUGACGUUGGUAAGGGAUCUGCUAGAGAAGCCGAAGCGAUGCAGCGGGAGGAGCGAAGCACACUGAACGACAUUAACGGCUACGUGGUUUGGGCAGGUUUGGAACCGUUGGAAUUUAUUGCCAUGUUCCCCGAUUGGGAGCAGCGCGACGAUGUUGCAGAGAUUAACGUACAGGAUGGCCGUAAAUCUGCCCCGCAGCCAAUAGCCAGCAGUCUGUCGCUUCUGUCGCGCAAGGAGUAUCCCCUGUCUGUGCUGCUGGAGCGACCGCUACCCGAGGGAGUCGACCCGACCAAGCUAGAAUUGUACCUCCACGAGCAGGACUACCCGGAGGGGCUGGGGCUCACCAAGGCCGAGUUCGAUCAGCUGCCCGCGUGGAAGCAAACAAAACUCAAAAAGGAGCGAGGUCUGUUCUGAGAAGACAAACGAACGAAUACCACCACUUGUUUUUGCACUUAUUAGUACUCGGAUGGUUACCACUAACUUUUCCUUCCCCUCCAUGUUCUUCGUUUGUUAAAAAAUGAAAGGCUGCAUAGGAAAAUUUCGUUUGUUUUUUUUUACCAAAUGUUUUAUGUCUUAUAUUUUGGAAAUCCUUCGUCGAUGUGUUUUACCUGUCUCAGUUCAAACAAAGGCAGACACAAUUAUAUUUUUCUGGGUCUUUCCAGUUGUUCAAAUUUUAUUCACAAGUUAUUUUGUUUUUGUUAUUAUGAUUUUUGUUUUCACUCUCGAAUUUACGUUUUUAUACUCUGGGAGGGGCGCUAACGGUUGUUUUCUACUUAGAUGUUGUUUUUAAUUUAUGUAUUGAUUCAUAGAUGGCGCCACUCCAACUUUUCGAAAAUCAUUUGUAACUAUAAAGUGAGAAAACCACUAUACUCUAAUUUGUAAAAAAAAAAUGAGAUUGUGUAUCAAUAAAAGAUGAUCGAAAACGUAUCCUCCGACUGUGUGGAGAUUUCCGCUAAUUUUUAAAUACGAAGAUUUCAGCUGCCCUCUAUGUUUUAACCUUUUAACCUUAAAACCGACGGAAAGACGUGUGAGAAUCCAACACUCUGCUCCCGAAAACGAGAAUGCUUUAUACAACUUUUUUAUAUGAAUAGAGAAACGUAAUAGCAGCGCAUACGAUUUCAUACUUAUGAAUAAAAUAUGAAAUAACUUUUCAUAAUAUCUUUCGCCAUUCGUCAUUUUUUUUGUAAAAAUGUAAUUUUAUUACCAUUAGUAAGCCUAAAUCGUGCAUAUAUGUUACUCUUAAUAGCAGUCUAAAAUGAUUAAAUUAACUUCUUUUUUGCUUUUGCCCAACUGGUUUAUGUAGAAAUGUGUGCUAUCUUCUUUAAAUUAUUACAACUUUAAUACACUUGGAAAAGGCAAAAAGCAGAAUUCCCCUUCUCUCUUGGCAGUGAUAGUAUGUUUUAAGGCGCUUAUUAUUAUUAUUUUUGUAAAAUCCUGCAUUAAUAUGUUUAAAAUAUCAUAUGUAGAUUUUAGGUGGAUCGGUUUUCAUUUAAAAAACAAAAGUCACAAUUGAAAAGAAAAUUUCGUGUUUUGUUGUAAAAAAGAAGUACUUAAAAGAACUGAACUCUGCUCGAUGGGAAAUAUGGAGACAAACGAACAAGGCAGAACCACUUCCACAUGGUUUAGGGGAAGUUGUUCUUUUAUGAACUGUUUUAUGCCUGUUUGUGCAAGUGUGCGUGAUGUAACGUGCUAUUUGUAGUGAAACAGUAACUCUGUGUUCCAUAUUUACCUAUAUAAUAUUUGAAACCAAACAUUGCUGAGCUCCACACACCGAAUAAAAAGAAUGGUUCAUAAUAUCCGCCAAUGCAAGAAAGAAAACAUUUUGUGUGUGCUACUAAAAUAGGAUUUUAUUCAAAUAAAUCGGCCGAAACCAAGAAAAAUCACAAUCACUAAAAUACCAGCCUCAUUGAUUAUAAUAGAAAUAUACACAUAUACAUGAAAAAUAAUAAUUAUCGACUAAAAAUCUUACAAACAGCCGAACAUUUAUCAUCCUCCCGAACACUUUACAAACGCAAACACACAAACACAGUUGAAGGUAUAUACCGAUAUCAAUAUAUACACCAUUACACGAAACGCGCAUAUAGCAGCAAAACAAUUUAAAAAAUAGUCAUAUACGGUCCUGAUUCGAGCAUAUAGAAUAAUUAAUCAUUUGCAUGCUUUGUAAAGCUCCGCGUACAAGCAUCUUGAAUGCUGAUGCUAUGAAUUACGGCGGCAGAAGAAAACGAACAAACGAACACACACACAGGAGCUAAAGCUAAAUUGUGAAUGCGGAAGAGUAAGUGCAGUGUAUUAUGGAAAAUAUAAAAGAUGAAAAACUUUUUACCAAUUAUAA